GGACGUUUACGCUCUUACAUGAAAAAAAAAGAAGCUAGCGGAUUAAAGUGUUCAUGAUCGUACUGCCAACGCUAAAACGGGAUGAAAAACUUAUUCGCCGUGCCUCAGAUUCCCACACGUGACGCGUCCUAAAGGAGAGCGAUGUCAUUGUCAUCAGAUAAACUCAUCGACAACAUAAAUCUGCGGGCUGGAAUAAAGUUGACAUCAAAUGGUGCAUAGGGCUUCCCCUCUAGGUCAACGUGUGUGUGUGUGUGUGUGUGUGUGUUUGUGUGUUUAUGGUGUAUGUUAAUGAGUGAGCACCUUAGCAGCUAGGGGUUAUAAAGUGAUGCCAAGAUGCUCCUGUCGCUGGGAAUGCUGAUGCUGUCGGGCACACAGAUCUACACCAUCUUCACCGUUCAGCUCUUCGCUUUCCUCAACCUGCUGCCUGUGGAGGCCGAUAUCGCUGCUUACUCAUUUGACAACAAAACAGAGAACUUUGAUGACCUGCCUGCGCGGUUCGGCUUUCGUCUUCCCAGCGAUGGACUGAAGGGCUUCCUGAUCGGUGCCCGGCCGGAGAAUGCGUGCGAGCCCAUUGAGCCUCCUCCGAGGGACAACUUGACAGGUGCCUUCAUUGUCCUCAUCAAGAGAUUGGACUGCAACUUUGACAUCAAGGUCCUCAAUGCCCAGAAAGCAGGUUACAAGGCAGCCAUUGUUCAUAAUGUGGACUCUGAUGACUUGAUCAGCAUGGGAUCAAAUGACCUGGAGGUUCUGAAGCAGAUUGAUAUUCCCUCUGUGUUUGUGGGUGAGGUGACUGCCAAUUCUCUGAAAGACGACUACGCAUACGACAAGGGGGGAUAUGUGGUCCUCAUGCCAGACUUCAGCCUGCCGCUGGAAUAUUACCUGAUCCCCUUCCUUAUCAUCGCAGGAAUCUGCCUCAUCCUCAUUGUUGUCUUCAUGAUCACCAAGUUUGUCCAGGAUCGACACAGAGCUCGUAGGAGUCGCCUGCGCAAAGAUCAGCUCAAGAAACUUCCAAUUCACAAGUUCAAAUCAGGAGACAACUAUGAUGUCUGUGCCAUUUGCCUGGACGAAUAUGAAGAUGGAGACAAGCUCCGAGUCCUGCCAUGUUCUCACGCCUACCACAGUAAGUGUGUGGACCCGUGGCUGACCAAAACCAAGAAGACCUGUCCGGUGUGCAAACAGAAGGUGAUCCCCUCGCAGGGCGACUCGGAGUCGGAUUCAGAGGACGGCGAGAGCGGCCCCGACGAGAACGAGGAGGUGUCGGAGAGCACCCCGCUGCUGCGCUCCUUGGCCUCCACCAGCGCCCACUCCUUUGGGACCAUGUCAGGAGCGUCGCACUCGGAGCACGACCAGGAAUCCUCCGAGUACGAGGACGACGAGCUGGACAGCAGCGACAGCGAGGAGGAGGUCACUGUGGAGACCGUGGUGGUGCAGCUGCAACAGCCUUCCUCCGAAGGCCACGACCACGAGCACAACCUGCCCAAAGCUUGACAGAUUGUUGGUCAAAACACCCCCCCCCUCCUCCCACCUCCCUUUGCAACACCCCAACCUCACAGCUGCAGAGACUUUUGUUGGGGGUCAUGGAAACAGGUUCAUCAUCUGGGUUCUUCUGUUGCUGCUUUCAAUACAUUGUAAUGUAUCCUUAAGUUCACAUACAAAUCUAAAUUUGACUUUUAGCUGAUUCCCACGCGUGUGACUGGAGGUCAGUGGGUGAAAAUUGAAAGGGCUGUUUGACAUAUUUGAGAGGAAUGAUGACACUGAUGUACAGUAGACUGUUAUACUGUACACUGUAAAUUCAUAAAAAAAAAAAAAAGACAACACGCUGCUGUUUUGUCUCCUUUAGUGAAGAUGUCCCAAUCAUUGUCCAACACAAACUUCAGUAAGAGUACUAUGUAUACCGUAGAUCACUAUAAGAUACGUGUUUACGUUUGAUUCAUCUCCGACAGGUUCACUACUGUACAUACAUGUUCUGCUUAUUUAAAGCGCUAUGCAGCAUCCAUAACCAUCAAGUCAAGGAACGGUUAAAAUCACAGCAAUUUUUUUGCCAUUUUUAUUUCAAGUCUGGCGCAUGAAGGAGACGGACGAGCUGCUCCCGUCUGUUUUAUGCCACAGUUUAUCUGUUACAGUGACUGGAGGCAAACCAGGGUGAGAAAUACACACUGCUCGCCACGUGACAUCACGUUCUUAUGUCGUGGGUCACAAAUCCAAGUGUGAAGAGACACUUGAGGGACAACGGUGUCCUCUGCCUGUGAUGAACUUCCUCUGGCUGCUUCAGACCUGUCACUUUAACAUAGAGCAGGUAUUGGUUGAUCGGCCUUGUGAUAGAUGUUUAAGGUCAUUUUAAUACUGUUUAUAGUGAAUAUUCUAACUUUUUUUUUGCCAUAACAGCUUUAUUUUCAUUGAAAAAAAAGAAAGAAAUCCCGUUGCCUUUUUAAGUUGGCGUAUCUUGUCUGUGUUUUCGUUCCGUUUGUCUUUUCUCAAUAUGAAUUCACUUCGAUAAAAUAAAAAUGACACUUAACAUGGAAACCUUUGGCUGUCAAGUUUCAUGACAAUGAAAAACGGACCCAUUGACUUUACACAGAUGUGCAACAUGAACAGCUACAGUGCGAGCGUGAUACACUGCUUACAGGACUCGUUAUGCUGGUGGAAAUAAUUGGAUCACCACGCUUGACAAAUAUCACUUCAGAGUUUAAUUUUUACCACAACAAGACAUUAGUGGAUAAGACACAGUGAGCAAUGAUGACACCCAACACUGAGCUCGCAUUUCAUGCUACUUUAUACCUUAGAACAUCUCAGAGGCCAAUGUUUUAUUUGUGAACUCAUGUUCCUACUUAAUUCUACAAUGACAGUGGAUUUUUAGUUUUUAGUUUACACAGAUGGACCAAGGUGUUACUGCCCGAAGUCUUUGGUAAUCCUGGUUUCUGGAAUUAGGCCAAUCCCCCUUUCACACUGGCUGGGGUUGCGUUCGGUCUUUGUGUCCAGCUAACCACAGAAAAAGUGGCAAUAAAGAGGGGGACAUUCAUUGUGAAAAAAAAAUGCCAGUAAACGCUCAUCUGGUUGGAAUAAAUUUAUUUGAUCUGUCUGUAAACAAGGUGAUAAAUCAAUUUAUGGCAUUUCUUGGUUUUAUGCAUAUGAAAUCAAAUCCCCAAUGUGAGAAAAAAAAAGUGGUGAGGAAAAGGAAAUUAACAUAAAUCAGCAAACAGGACUUCAAACAGGAUUUUUUUAAUGAGUACACAUAUCCCACAAGGCCUAAACAGUGGAGCUGAAGCAAAAAAAAAAAAAAGUGCCAAUGAAAUCAUUUAGUGGACAGUGGGUAAAAUCCAUCUUACAACAGCAACAGAUCUCUCUACAUUAUGGCACAGGAUACACAGGUUCUGCAGAAAUUUCAACAACCAUCUUUGUUUCCAACCAAUACCAUCGAGUGUCAUUUCUACUUUUAAAGUGUUUUUUUUUUUCUCAGUUGGACGUUACAGUUAGCAGUACUGACCGUAGACAGACCAUGUGAUACCCCAGAGCUCAGACGACUAUAGAGUAGAAGGCAAUUUAUUCCACAGUUUUGUAGUUGUCAAUGCAGCAUGGGUUUGUACAAAUGCAGUUUGUUUUCUAACAAAAAGAAAAAAAAAAAAAACUAUGAGAAUAUUCUUCAGAUACUCCCACCCUUACCUCCCCCUGUAUUUUAACCAUGCUAUGCAUGUAUGUAUUACCGUCUGCUGAGUGUUUCCUUCAUUGGAAAAAAAAAAAAGUUAGCAGUCUUCCUUCACAUGGUUUAGAACAAAUGCAUUAACACCAGAGCUUUAACUACACUUGGUCCUAUUAAAAAAAAAGAAAGAAAAAAAACUGGACAUACUCCAGGGAGGUUAUAUGCUGGGUUAUCUACGGUCCAAAAACAAUGGCAGCCUUUAAAAAAAAAAAUAUAUAUAAUAAUUGA